CCAAAACAACAUGAGGAUAAACAGAUUUUAAAAAACAGUAAUAAUUUUCUGAUAAUUCCAAUACACAAUACCAAGUUCUGGUUAACAGUUUAACUUCCAUCAAAAAUAAACCUUAUACAACAUGUUAGAGUUAGUCCAUUAUUAUUAUUUAAUAUUUAUCUCAUUUUAUUCUAUUUCAAUUGAUUUAUUUAAUUGUGUGGUUAAAUGUUGUUCUUAUGCAUUCCGUCACCUUAUAUAAAGCACUUUGAAUUGCCUCUGUGUUUGAAAGGCGCUACACAACUUACCAUGCAGUUUUAAUAAGAAAAAAAUAGCAAUAUAAAUUGAAUUGAUCAUCUGAAAUCUGGUUAUGGAUAACAGACAUCAAACGAACAGGACUGGAUUGGUGUUCACACGGUCUCUGUGUUGAUAAGUCGUGUGUAGGACCACAGUAAUUAGCAGUCAUGUAGUGUCAGAUCCUCCUGAGCUCAGCCUAUCCACUCUCCCUCUCUGUGCGUCUCGUGCUGUGACUCGCGCAGGGCGGCCUCUCAUUGGCUGUCGGCGGACACCCGGAGCAGGUCGCUCUCCUCGGUGCUGAAAUCGCUGCACGUCGUGAUAAUGUAAACGGCGAUGAGGCCAAACAGAGCGUCAGUCAGUAAACACCAAAAUGGACGAUGAUCUGUUCCAACUGAGACAGUUGCCUGUUAUCCGCUUCCGUCGCACAGGUGAGAGCACACGCUCCGAGGAUGAUGGCGAGACUAGAGAACAGGUUGUCAAGAUUGCAGAGCAGACUGAUUCAGAGUCUGUGGCACUUACAGAUGGAGCUCCAGUUCCUCGGGAGUUUGCCAAUCCAACUGAUGACACAUUCAUGGUAGAAGAUGCCGUAGAGGCCAUAGGCUUCGGGACAUUUCAGUGGAAACUCUCCAUCCUCACUGGUCUGUCCUGGAUGGCUGAUGCUAUGGAGAUGAUGAUCCUCAGCAUCUUAGCCCCACAGCUCCACUGUGAAUGGAGGCUGCCCAGCCUUGAGGUGGCACUGCUUACAUCGGCAGUGUUUAUCGGGAUGAUGAUCAGCUCCUCUCUUUGGGGAAACAUAUCUGACAGAUACGGCAGAAAGACAGGUCUCAAGAUGAGUGUGCUGUGGACUAUGUUCUAUGGCCUGAUGAGUGCAUUUGCACCUGUGUAUGGAUGGAUCCUUUUCCUCCGUGCACUGGUGGGCUUUGGCAUUGGAGGAGCCCCACAGUCGGUGACACUGUAUGCUGAAUUUCUGCCUAUGAAGUCCAGAGCCACAUGCAUCUUGCUGAUUGAGAUAUUUUGGGCACUGGGCACAGUGUUUGAGGUCCUCUUAGCGAUCCUGGUGAUGCCCACUCUGGGCUGGCGUUGGCUGCUAGGCCUCUCUACCAUUCCUCUCUUUAUCUUUGCCAUCCUAUGUUUUUGGCUACCAGAGAGUGCUCGAUACGACGUGCUGACAGGGAACCAGGAAAAAGCUCUGGCCACACUGAAGCGCAUUGCUACAGAGAACGGAGCACCCAUGCCACUGGGGAAACUUAUCGCUGCCAGACAGGAGGAUCGUGGAAAGAUUCAAGACUUAUUUUCAUCGCAGUUUCGCUGGACCACAGUUCUGCUGUGGUUUAUUUGGUUCGCAAAUGCCUUCUCUUACUACGGACUGGUGCUGCUCACUACAGAGCUGUUUCAGGAGGGAGGUGCAUGUGGAAUGUCCAAAGGUAAUAAGAGAGAGCCCCGGUGCAACUUGGAGUGUAAAUAUCUGAACUCCGACGACUACAAAGACCUGUUGUGGACCACCUUAUCUGAAUUCCCAGGACUGCUGGUGACACUGUGGGCUAUUGAUCGACUGGGAAGGAGGAAGACCAUGGCAUUGUGUUUCUUCAUCUUCUCUAUGUGCAUUAUUCCCCUCUAUGGUUGUGUUGGCAGAGCAUCCAUGACAGUGUUGAUAUUCAUCGCCAGAGCUUUCAUCGCAGGAGGAUUUCAGGCUGCCUAUGUGUACACUCCAGAGGUGUACCCAACAGCGACCAGGGCUUUAGGUCUGGGAACAAGCAGUGGGAUGGCCAGAGUUGGUGCCCUUAUUACACCUUUUGUUGCACAGGUGAUGUUGGAGUCAUCUGUGUACCUGGCUCUCUCCGUGUACUGCUGCUGCUGCCUCCUAGCUGCCGUCGCCUCCUGUGCACUGCCAAUUGAGACAACAGGCCGGGGCCUGCAGGAGUCCAGCCACCGCGAGUGGGGGCAGGAGAUGGUGGGCCGGGCCUCCUCCCACAGCCCAGAGAGAAUCCCUCAGUCCAGCUCCGGCUCCCAGGGCUGAGGACCCGUCGGCUGGAGUACAACCGAGAGAGGUGACCACGGUGAGGAAAAGAGGCAAGGAGAGGCAAAAGAAGCUAGACCAGCUUUCUGUGUCCAUCUCCAGUCCCAUCCUAUGACUCUUCAGUUUAGGCACCACAGUGGUUUCAGAGAGCCAGGCAGCACAAUAUUAUGUAUUAUUAUUAUAUAGUCUUCAGCCACCAUUGCUGUCACAAUUUUGCCACUGACUAACAGCACACGGGGUGACUGCAAAAGACCAAAUGACCUACACGAGUGCAAGAUUGAGAAAAUGAAGGGUGGACGACAUGUGAAACAUUCUUAAAGAAGUGAGAAUUCAAAUACUUUGAGUAAAGUAUUUGAAUUCAAAUACUUUGAGUAAAGUAUUUGAAUUCAAAUACUUUGAGUAAAGUAUUUGAAUUCAAAUACUUUGAGUAAAGUAUUUGAAUUCAAAUACUUUGAGUAAAGUAUUUGAAUUCUGCUUUUCUCAAGCAAAGGAGAAUAAAGAGGGUGCAACUGUUAGCUUCAAAUAACCAUCUUCUUUUCAAAGAGCCUUAAAUCUAUUCUGUUUGUGUUUAAGAGACCUACUCUUAACCCUAUGAAAAAGACAUAGAUGCGUAGAUAAGAAAGAGCAUUAUUUUGUGCACACAAAUUGCCUGUUAAAAUACACUAAUUACAAACUCAGCUUUAUACAAAGCGCAUUGCUGGAGUGAAGAACAGUUCCACAUCAUCAAAUAAACAGACCAUUAGAUUAAAUAAGGUCUGUGAUUACUUCAUCUAAGAUUCAUUUCUGUCAAGGCAGUGAAAGGAAAUACUGCACAGUAAGUCCCUGAUUUUCUCGUAUACAGUAAGCAUCCUUUUAAAAUCCUAUGUUCUUUUUUUUCGUGUCAGUAUUGUUUCACAUUUUAACAUGGAUGAUUUUCUGUUAAAUACAUGAGGAAAAGGCAGGUAUUACUCUAGUAAUAAUGAAAAUACCAC